GGAAGCAACUGGUGGACUGCACCGGAGGCCAGUGGCCUGGCUAGCUUCGCCAUCUAUACAUCCAGCUGUGCUGCUCGGAAAGUGAGGAGGGCUGAGGGCUUUGCUCCCUGGACUCCCCAACUGGUGGCUGGCCAGGUGGGAGGCGGGCAGCAGCCUGUGGACAGAGGCCUCCUGGGGAAGGGGGGACUUUGUCCCUCCAGCUCCUGCCGGCCUGCUUAUGCAAAGGGACUCUGCCCCCGCAAGCCCUUCCUGCUAGGAACAUUGUCCCAGGCUCUUUGGUUAACGUGUUGCCUCUCUGCCCACUUCUGGAAACCAGCUCUGUUGCACCCGUCCGGGGGAGGAAUGUUGGUGCCCGUGGCACGCUUGGCAUGUUGAUCCAGAGCUUCUCUUCUGUCUGUGGGGAAGGUGCCCACGCUCUUGGGCAAGGUCCUUCCAGGCCGAUCCGUGGAAAUAACUCCCUGCUGAGAUUCCAGAGCUGUUCCCUGAAGCCUGGGCUGGGUGGUGGCAUCUUCCCCCGCUGAGAUUGCAGACCGGGGAGGGGGUGCAGCUGUGCUGGGAGGGGAGUGCCUCGUGCUACUUGUUCCCGGAGCCGCAUUUCAUCAGAGUGGGAUAAUUGCUGCCACGCCACACCCGCCGUGUGCUACUCUUGCGCUUUCGCAAUGAUUCAAGGCCACCGACUGCCUUACAGAAUUGCGUAUCUGAUGCAUCAGCCAGGAGGACGAAGGAAGCAACUCGUUUUCAUGCAGUUGGAAGCCAGCAUGACUCGCAUCCAGCACCUGGCCGUGAGUGUGUGCGUGGACCUGCACUUGGCUCGUACGGAGGUGUGUGAGGAGAUCAUCCAGCUCUUUGAGCAGGACAUGCUGACCGCCUGGACCCGCUCCAUCCUGCGCCCGGCUGAGAUCUGUGGGCUGCUGGUGGGCUCCCAUUGUGGCCACUGGGACAUCUACUCCGACUGGAACGUCACGCUGCCUGCCGUGCCCAAGCCCCCUGUGCAGCCUCCGGCGCCCCCACCGCCCGGCGCCCCCACCGCCCGGGUGCUCUUCCUGACCGACCUGCACUGGGACCAGGCCUACCUGCCCGGCAGCGACCCCACCUGCAAAGACCCCUUGUGCUGCCGGGGGGGACAGCCGCGGGGGGCAGGGGCCGGCUUCUGGGGCACCUACAGCAGGUGUGACUUGCCCCUCCACACCCUGGAGAACCUGCUGCAGCACCUCGCAGCCUCCGGGCCUUACGACAUGGCCUACUGGACUGGAGACAUCCCGGCACACAAUGUCUGGCAACAGAGCCGGGCAGACCAGCUGUACGCCCUCCGCACGGUCACUGCCCUCAUCCAGAAGUACCUGGGGCCGCUGCCUGUCUACCCAGCAGUGGGCAACCACGAGUCCGUGCCCGUGAAUUCCUUCCCUCCCCCAUACGUGUCUGGGAACCAGUCUUCUGCCUGGCUGUACGAUGCCAUGGCCCUUGCCUGGAGUGCGUGGCUGCCACCGGAGGCCCUGGCAACGCUGAGGCUGGGGGGGUUCUACACCCUCCGGAUCCAGCCCGGCCUCCGCCUGGUCUCACUCAACAUGAAUUUCUGCUCCGAGACGAAUUUCUGGCUCUUGAUCAAUUCCACGGACCCGGCUGGGCAGCUGCAGUGGCUGGUGAACAUCCUCCAGGGGGCAGAGGAGAGCAGCGAGAAGGUUCACAUCAUUGGACACAUCCCCCCUUCUCACUGCAUGCGCAGCUGGGGCUGGAACUAUUACCGCAUCAUCAACAGGUACGAGGGCACUGUGGCUGGGCAGUUCUUUGGCCACACCCAUGUCGAUGAAUUUGAGAUGUUCUAUGAUGAGGAGACGCUCAGCCGGCCAGUGGGCGUGGCCUUUGUGGCGCCAAGCGUCACCACUUUCGUCAGCCUGAACCCAGGGUACCGGGUCUACCUGCUGGAUGGCGUCUACCCAGGCAGCUCCCACAUGGUGCUGGAUCACGAAACGUUCAUCUUGAACUUGACGGAGGCCAAUGCCCCAGGCGCUGUGCCCCGCUGGCAACGCCUCUACGGGGCCCGGGAGACCUACGGCUUCUCUGCCGCCUUCCCCGCAGACUGGGAUCAACUGGUGCGCCGGUUCCAGGUUGAUGAGCGCCUCUUCCAGCGAUUUUGGUACCUGAUGUACAAGGGCCACCCGCCCCGUCAGCCCUGCCGUGAUGCCUGCAAAGUGGCCCUGCUGUGUGCCCUCCGCACGGGGCGGGCUGGGGACCCUCGAUUGUGCCAGUCCCUGAGCCACGAGUUGCCCUUCCACGAAAUACAGGCACGGUGGCGGCUGCGGCAGUUUUGUUAAGGGCAGGGAGCUGCUCGGCCUGUUCAGAGCAGCAGGAAAUGGACGACACCUGCCUGAGGGCCACGCCUGGAGUGGUGCCCCGUUCCUAAUGGGGGGGAGCCUGUACCACCACCCCCACCCCCACCCCCAGAGGGAGUCAGGGCUCGCUGAGUUCUUCUGUCCGAUAGCUGGCAGCGCAGUGAAUGAAUGGGCUGCGGCAUUCCUAGAGCAGUAUUUCUUUCCCCAGACCAAAGCGGAGCAAGAGAGAACGUCCACUCCUCUCUGGAAGUCUGGCCUGAUUGAGACAGCCAGCGGAGGGGAGGAAGGGCCCUUGGCUGCAUUAGGUUCACACACACACACACACACACCCCGCAGCCCUCGUUCCGUCUGCCUCGGGGAGCACCGUGUCUGGUCAGCUCGGGUGGCCGUGGGGCCCCGUCACGUGGUCCGGCUCUGCUCCUGUGGCAGUCCUUGCCUGGUUUUGGCUAAGCAAUGGACUCCCCCCCCCCCAACUCGCCCAAAAGUCACCAUCCUGUGGUCUAAGGAAUCCCCCUCGCUCCGUGUGGCUUCUGGGACCCCGUGAAGUUGCUGCGCCCCACAUCUGUGGAGCCUGCUAGUGUGGGACCCCGUAACUCUUUGCACAUGUACAGGGCGUGGCUGCUUCUUUCCCAGCACAAGUGAGCAGCCACCCAAGCGAUCGAUCCCUCUGUAUUUAUAAUAAAUCCAUGUCCCCAAACUG